AUGAGACUUGUGGUGAAAUUAAGGUUCCCGUGGUUACAGGUGAUUGGCAUGUUUGCUGUUUGGUUUCCGUGGUUACAGACGAUUGACACGUUUGCAGUCUGGUCUCCGUGGUUACAGGUGAUCGACAUGUCUGCUGACAGGUUCCCGUGGUUUCAGGUGAUCCAGACCAUCAGUGCUGUGGACCGGGACGAGCCGCUGAGUGGACACCGCUUCUACUUCUCUCUGGCGUCUCCGGUCGUCAGCAACCUCAACUUCACCCUGAGGGACAACAAAGCUGAAGCCAAACUGCCCAAAUUGCCGCUGGCCCCCGCGGAGGGCCAAGAGCUGUUGACGAGCCCGGUCCGUGUCCUUUCCCCUGUGUUCAGACGGCAGCUUGACUCCGCGGCUCCUCUGUGCGACUGGACACAAUCAUCCUAG